AUGGUGGUUCGCUUGGAUCCUCAGUUGGCCGCCUUUAAGAACCGUCUGUGUGAGCUGGCCCUGCCUCCUUUGGAGCGACUCUGUAGCCACGGGGUCCUGAAUUCACGCGGUCACAACAUUGAUCCCGAGUGCUUUGCCAAAUUUACUCUGGUUAAAGCCAGAGAAGCUUUUGGUCAGGAUGUGUCUAUGCGGUACACUCCGCUAGCCGGUAUGAUUCAUCAGGACUUCCGCACGGCCAUCUGUCUGGCUCACGCUCUUGACCUGCUCAUUCAACAUGGACUUCGGCCACUUUAUCACUUCCUGCUGGGAAAUCUUUCCGGGGAUAAUGCCCCCGCCAGCCACACAGCUGAUCUCACCCGAGUUCCGGGCGUGAAAGAAUUUGUCUCUGACCUGGGCGCCCUGUUCGGUUUCGAGAAGUCCGCCAGCGGCAGCUUGCCUGGCAUGGUGCUUAGCCAAAACCCCUUUGUUGCCGGUCAUCCGAAGCUCUUUAAACUGCGCGAAAUACUGAUUAACCACUUCAGCGAGGUUGGAGCAGCUACCAAGCAGACCACUCGAGCUAUAGUAUUCACCCAAUUUCGCGAGUCUGUUUUUGAAAUUAUGCACAUGCUGAAACAGCAUGCCCCCCUCCUCCGGCCGGCUCUUUUUGCCUGGCACUCCCGCGGUUGCAUCUCCUGUCGCCUCGGUUAG